AUGCUGUCCCGUACUCCCUCCCUCCCCUCCCGCACUAGCGCUCGCUCUGCAUCCGCCCCUGCUGGAGCAACUGGUGUUGCCAGUGUGCCACUCAGCUUCCUCUGCUGCAUCAUGAGUGGCCUGAGGGGAACGGGCAGGGCGGAGGGAAUGGAGCAGAGUGGAGGGGAAAGGGGGCAGGGCGGAGGGAAUGGAGCAGAGUGGAGGGGAACGGGGGCAGGGCGGAGGGAAUGGAGCAGAGUGGAGGGGAACGGGGGCAGGGCGAAGGGAAUGGGGCAGGGCGGAGGGAAUGAGGCGGGGGGGAGGGAAGGGGGCAGAGUGGAGGGAAUGAGGCACAGCGGAAGGAAUGGGACAGGGCGGAGGGAAUGGGGCAGGGCAAAACGGAAUGGGGCAGUGCGGAGGGAAUGGGGCAGGGCGGAGGGAAGGGCAGAAGGCGAGUCACGGCCAGCCCCAUACUCUCCCUGGUACAAGCGCUGCCUCCCUGCAGUGGAAGGUCCUUCUGCAGUGGAAGGUCCUUCUGCAGUGGAAGGUCCCUCUGCAGUGGAAGGUCCCUCUGCAGUGGAAGGUCCCUCUGCAGUGGAAGGUCCCUCUGCAGUGGAAGGUCCCUCUGCAGUGGAAGGUCCCUCUGCAGUGGAAGGUCCCUCUGCAGUGGAAGGUCCCUCUGCAGUAGAAGGUCCCUCUGCAGUGGAAGGUCCCUCUGCAGUGGAAGGUCCCUCUGCAGUGGAAGGUCCCUCUGCAGUGGAAGGUCCCUCUGCAGUGGAAGGUCCCUCUGCAGUGGAAGGUCCCUCUGCAGUGGAAGGUCCCUCUGCAGUGGAAGGUCCCUCUGCAGUGGAAGGUCCCUCUGCAGUGGAAGGUCCCUCUGCAGUGGAAGGUCCCUCUGCAGUGGAAGGUCCCUCUGCAGUGGAAGGUCCCUCUGCAGUGGAAGGUCCCUCUGCAGUGGAGGGUCCCUCUGCAGUGGAAGGUCCCUCUGCAGUGGAAGGUCCCUCUGCUGUGGAAGGUCCCUCUGCUGUGGAAGGUCCCUCUGCAGUGGAAGGUCCCUCUGCAGUGGAAGGUCCCUCUGCUGUGGAAGGUCCCUCUGCUGUGGAAGGUCCCUCUGCUGUGGAAGGUCCCUCUGCUGUGGAAGGUCCCUCUGCUGUGGAAGGUCCCUCUGCUGUUCCACAAGCUCUCCAGAUGGCGGGCAAAGCGAGCUCUCUGCUGCCCACUACACUCUCGGUUGCUGCUGCUGCUGCUCCUUCUGCUGCCACAGUGAGUGGGAUGCAAGGAACAAUUGGGGGAGGAAGGAAAUGUGGAGAUAGACAGACAAGUGAGAGUGAAGCUGAGGAGUGA